AUGAAUGAAUAUCUUACAAAAGAACUUGCUGAUAUAAAUGAAAAACUUGCAAAGUUUAACAAAAGUUCUACCAUGCUUGAUGAACAGAUUCAAUCUCAGAGGAUAAAAGGUGACACUACUAAAUUGGGUUAUACAUCAUAUGAGAAAGGAGCAUCAAGUGUUCCAAUUGGUAGCUCCAGUGGUAUGAAAACAAGAGCUCAAAAAGAGAAAGUUGCAAAGAAAGAUAAUCCAACAAAGACAAAGAAGGAGAAACCAUCAAAGAUACAAUUCAAGAGAAAAGGGAAGAUAGUAGAACCUUGUGAUGCACCAGUAGCAAUUGGUAAAAGGAAAAAGCAACAAGCACAAAAACCGAUAGUUGUAGAUGAUGAAGAGACUGAAUUUGAAGGAGAGAAGAAAGCCCUAAGGGCUAGUGGUAUAAGGUCUAAGGAAGCCAUGAAGCAAGAUAGAGAAUACUUUGAAUUUGAUCUAAAAAACUUGCAACCUAAAGCAACUAAGGAGGAAUUAGAAGAAAUUUUAGCCAAGGCAAAAUCAUCCUUUAGGUCAAAGAAGAGGUUGACUAGAUUGUUGAUUGGAGAGACCCAAUCAGUCCAUGAAGAGACUGAGAAAAUUUUGAAGAAGAUACUGGUUCUUAUUCCUGAUGAAGAGGAAGUAAAUGAUGAACUAGAGUGGCCUAAGGCUGAAAAUAUUCCUGAAGGUAUGAAAAUAAGUGACUUUGAGCUGGAUGAAAUUAUGAUGGGAGAUGAUCUGGGACAGGAAGAGAAGGAAGAUGAAGAAGAAAAGAAAGAAGAGGAGCCACCAGUAGUAACUCAAACUGCUGAUACACAAUUGCCACUAGUAAAGGCCAAUAAAGAAGUAAAGGAGAAAGAUAAUGACAAGGAGAAGGAAAAGGAAAAACAAGAGGAUGAGGUAGAAGAGAAAACAAAGGAAAAGAAAGGAGAAGAGGAGAAGAAACCAGAGGAUAGCAAGCCCAAAAUGAAAUAUUUUGAAGAUGCAACCUAUGUGAGUGUUGAAAAGGAGUACAAGAAGCAACAGACUGAACAGUUAAUGAAAGAUAUUGAUAAAGGUAAAGUUGCUUUGACUAUGAAUAAGGACUAUUUGAAAGAAGCUUUAGAAACUAGUGGUAAGAUCCUUUCUAUUGUGGCCAAAUUUUCUUUAUUUUGUGAAGACUUGAAGAAGAAAAAGGAGGAAGCUGAGAAAGAACUUGAUGUUAUAUGUGAGUCAUUUAAGCCCUUGAAUGACUCUGCAAUAAAUUUUGGAUGA